AUAUUAACUUUAAACACCUUGUAAUCACACAAAAUAAAAUGUUUUUUUCUUGUUCCUGAUGGUUCACAUACGUAAAAGUUGAUUGAAUACCAUAAAUCCUACAAAAUUUCGAAUAUUCAUAAUAACACACAAUGCCAUCUAAUUUUACCCAUAUCUCUUGUAAGCUUUUACAUAAAACCUUUUAACCAUUAAGGUUUGUAAAUUACUGUAUACCCUAAAGCAUAUAUUUCUGCUUCGUUUUAGCACAGAGUUUAAAAUUAAAACGAUAUUUUCUGUUUUAUUUAUUAUUUUUUCUACAAAAACUGUUAAUGAGGCAGAAUGCCCCACAAGUUAACAAAAAAAACGAUACAACUUAACAAGCAUCACAAACAAAAAGAACGUGUUCGUUGAUCAAACCACUUUUUGAAAACAAUGUUUUUAAUCGAUAUUUCUUCCUUGUUUAAAAAAAUUGAGAUUGUUUCUUUAAUUAAAAUAUAAAAACAUGACACCAUAACUAAAUUAUUUCGUCAAAUACGAUAUUUUUUUCAUAAUUCAUGCACCAAUUUUAUCCAACCAAAAAACAACCUUUUGCAUAUAAGCCAAUUUGAAAUGUUUGUCUAGUUUACCGAACGAAAACAAAACAAGCUGUCAAAGCGGUCGCGCGAUAGUUUCGGUUUCGGGUUGAAAAUGGUGCGAAAUUAUAUCCGUAAAACGACCCGUCGUGCUUGGGCGGUCACCCAAUUGACAGGCGCCAUCCGUGACGUCCGAUCGGGACAAUCUACGAACAGUGUUUGCCUAAAAUAUUCGAUCCCAAAGCGCACUCUUCGACGCUACCUGGAAAAACAAGGCGGAACAAAAGGAAACGUCGUUCUUCCUCACCUUGGAAACUUUGUUCCAAUCUUCGACGAAGUACAAGAAGAGCGCCUUGUUGGGAUCAUAAUCCGCAUGAGCGACUGCGGCUACGGAUUGACCAGUAAGGAUGUUAGGAGUCUAGCCUUCCAGUUCGCCGAGACAAACAACAUAACCCAUCCGUUUGCCAUGGAAAAGCAGCACGCCGGAUUGGGUUGGUACAUUGGAUUCCGCCGACGCCAUCCGAAUCUUGCUCUGCGGACACCCGAAAAAACUUCAAUGGCUCGCAGUACCGGAUCCAAUCGCGCAGCAGUGAAUGUGUUUUACGACAAUUUGGAGAGGAUUUAUGGAACCAGUGUUUACUCCCCGGACAGAAUUUGGAAUGCUGACGAAACUGGAUUUAGCACCGUCCCAAAUAAGUCUUCCAAAGUGCUCGCUGUCAAAGGUCGACGACAAGUUGGAGCAAUCUCGUCAGCAGAAAGAGGAGUCAACACGACCGUUAUGAUGACGGUUUCUGCUGCUGGCCAGUAUUUGCCCCCGAUGUUCAUUUUCCCCAGACAACGGAUGAACGAUGCGCUCAAGAUUGGUGCUCCGGCUGGCUCGAUUUUUGAAUGCAACCCAAGUGGAUGGAGCACAGUAGCUACGUGUACAAAAUGGUUUGAUCAUUUCCUGGCUUACACAAGACCAACAGCCGAAGCGCCAGUUUUAUUGAUCCUAGAUGGGCACUCCAGCCACACUAAGAACGUCGAGAUGAUCGAAAAAGCAGCACGAAAUAAUGUCCGUAUCCUGUCCAUCCCUCCCCAUACUUCCCACAAAUUACAAUCGCUCGAUGUUUCUGUUAUGGGACCCCUGAAGACAAAGUAUGGCCAGGCCGUCGAUCGCCUUUUACGUCGAGAACCAGGACGGGUCGUAACAGUCUAUGAUGUAGCAACAUUGGUCAACGAGGCGUUUGAGGCAACCGCAACAAUGAAGAAUGCCGUAGCAGAGUUUCGAGCUACAGGAAUUUAUCCAUUCGACACGGGGUUGUUCUCUGACGCUGACUUUGCCGCCGCUACCAAUUUGAACGCAAUUAACCGUACAGCGGAUAAGAAUGUACAAACGGAAGCAAUCGGACCCACGCCAUCAACUGCUGCUGAGGUAAGCUUUUAUCUAACAGUGGAGAAUCCUAUCUGUAGUAUAAUAUCAAUUAAAAUAAUACUAUUGAGAAUGGUCUACUCAUGUUAAACAUUGUUAACUUUUUUAUUUGUUUUAGAUCAUGACGAUCAGUAUUUGCGAGGAUAACAGCCACAUAACCACGCAGGAUAUGCCAGGACAUGACGAUUUGAUUCAAGUAAACGGCUGUGAAGUACUUCAGUUGGAGAUUCCAAACCAAGAACGCAAUGAACCCGAGUUCGGAUGGGAGGUCAGCGGUGAUUCGGAAUUUCUAACGGUUGAUCCGAACGUUUAUUACACUGUUGAAAAAAAAUGGUGCCGUCACCAUUCAAAGGUUGGACGCAGCAGAGCUCCUGACUUUGGAGCAGCAAUUGGAUACCACUCCAAAUUCCGUAUCUCUCCUUGAUCCUUCGGUCCGAGAUGAACCGGACAUUACAAAAGCUACGACAUUUCAGCUAUCCCCCGAGCUGGUUCGUCCUGCACCUGCUGCGCGUAAGCGUAAAUCACAGAAACGCAAACGAGAGCAAUCGGAAGAACUAACAUCAGUGGCUUAUCGUGAACGAUUGCUUAAGCAAAGCGCAGAAAAGGAAGUAAAAAAUAUCAAAAAGGGUCAGCGCAGAAACAAACGGAAAAAGGCGGACACUAACACUGACAUGGACGUCCUUUGUCCUUCAUGUGGAGUACGUUUCAGCGAUUCAAUGGAUGGC